AGAUUGAUUCCAUGUGUUCUCUGGUCCACAUUCAGAUUGAUUCCAUGUGUUCUCUGGUCCACAUUCAGAUUGAUUCCAUGUGUUCUCUGGUCCACAUUCAGAUUGAUUCCAUGUGUUCUCUGGUCCACAUUCAGAUUGAUUCCAUGUGUUCUCUGGUCCACAUUCAGAUUGAUUCCAUGUGUUCUCUGGUCCACAUUCAGAUUGAUUCCAUGUGUUCUCUGGUCCACAUUCAGAUUGAUUCCAUGUGUUCUCUGGUCCACAUUCAGAUUGAUUCCAUGUGUUCUCUGGUCCACAUUCAGAUUGAUUCCAUGUGUUCUCUGGUCCACAUUCAGAUUGAUUCCAUGUGUUCUCUGGUCCACAUUCAGAUUGAUUCCAUGUGUUCUCUGGUCCACAUUCAGAUUGAUUCCAUGUGUUCUCUGGUCCACAUUCAGAUUGAUUCCAUGUGUUCUCUGGUCCACAUUCAGAUUGAUUCCAUGUGUUCUCUGGUCCACAUUCAGAUUGAUUCCAUGUGUUCUCUGGUCCACAUUCAGAUUGAUUCCAUGUGUUCUCUGGUCCACAUUCAGAUUGAUUCCAUGUGUUCUCUGGUCCACAUUCAGAUUGAUUCCAUGUGUUCUCUGGUCCACAUUCAGAUUGAUUCCAUGUGUUCUCUGGUCCACAUUCAGAUUGAUUCCAUGUGUUCUCUGGUCCACAUUCAGAUUGAUUCCAUGUGUUCUCUGGUCCACAUUCAGAUUGAUUCCAUGUGUUCUCUGGUCCACAUUCAGAUUGAUUCCAUGUGUUCUCUGAUCCAUGUGUUCUCUGGUCCACAUUCAGAUUGA